CUUAAAAUGAUGCGACAGUAUUAAAAAAUUAUAGAAAAAUUACACUACAAAUUGUAGUAAAACAUAAAAGAUCACCACAAAAUUAGAAAAACUCCUAAAAGCACUUGCUCUAUAUUCACUACUCCACCAAUGUUGUCCCCACAAAUUAACGAUAUACCAAAAUAGUAGUAUGAGGAGAGGGACCUACAACUAUUUGAGGUUUGAACUUUGGAUUUACAUAUUAUCGCACCGUCCUCCACCCUAAUCAAGUACAUAUACUAUCUAACUUUUCAACUAAAAUCUUUGUCAUUUAUACUCUUUCCAAGUUCCUAUAUUCUCUUUUUAAAUUAUUCACAACUCGCUUCCAUCCCAGUACCAAACCGUGCCUAUAUAUAUAUUUGAUGUUUUCAGCCAGCAGAACAAUCUGAACCAUCUCAUCCUUUUAUUACAACAAUUUUUGGUGUCCCUCCAAGACUCCAAAUUCCAUACUUUUGUCACUAUUCCACACACACACACACACACUCUGACAUUAUACACUCAUACACAACAUUUAUUAGAAGAAGAUUGAUUUCUGGGUAGGCAAAUGUUUAGUGUGAGGCUUGCUAUUGGAAUGGUAAAGCCAUGCACCAUUAAUAAUAUUAUGAAAGGCUCUAUGCAACAAUUACCUACAGCUUUGGAAUCAUGCCAAACCACCAAAGUGAAUAUGAAGGCUUCAUUCAACGCACUUAAAAACACCUCCAUGGAAUGCUUCGAUGGAAUCCAAUGUGGCAAACUUCGUGACAAGUGGCUGGAAUGUCAAGGGAUCAAGAAUUGGGAAGGCUUACUUGAUCCACUUGACGACGAUCUCCGAAAUGAGAUCCUACGGUACGGCCAGUUCGUCGAGGUGGCCUACCGGUGUUUCGACUUUGACACGUCAUCGCCAACGUACGCCACCUGUAAUUACUCCAAGGAUCAGAUGAUGGCCGAGUGCGGACUUGGCACAACCGGCUACCGAGUCAGCAGGAACCUACACGCCACGUGUUCGGUCCAGGUGCCACGCUGGGUUGGCGGUAAGGUGCCUAACUGGAUAUCGAAGAAGUCCAGCUGGGUCGGCUACGUGGCAGUUUGCGAUGACAAGGAAGAGAUCGCACGGCUCGGGCGCCGUGACGUGGUGAUCGCCUACCGGGGAACCGCCACGUGUCUGGAAUGGUUCGAGAAUCUCCGAGCCACGCUGGCGUGCCUCCCCGAUGACAUGGCACCAGCCGAAGAUUGUCACCCCAUGGUACAAAGCGGAUUCCUCAGCCUGUACACAUCGUCCACGGAAACUCACCGGAGCUUGCAAGAUUCCGUCAAGGAAGAAAUCGAGAAGCUUCUCGAGAAAUACUCCGACGAGCCUUUAAGCAUAACAAUCACCGGACACAGCUUAGGAGCCGCACUCGCCACCCUCACGGCUUACGACAUAACAAACACGUUCAAACACGCGCCGCUAGUCACCGUCGUUUCCUUCGGCGGGCCGAGAGUCGGUGACCGGACAUUCAGGCAACAGUUGGAGAAGAACGGCACCAAAGUACUCCGGAUCGUUAACUCCGACGACGUGAUCACCAAGGUUCCUGGAUUUGUUAUCGACUAUAAUAAUAAUAAUAAUAAUAAUAAUAAUAAUAAUAUUGAGGUGGCGAGAAAUGAAGAAGCUGAUGACGUGGAAGUGGGUCCGGCCGGGGGAUUUCCGAGCUGGAUUCAGAAGAGAGUGGAAGACACGCAAUGGGUUUAUGCUGAAAUUGGUAAGGAGUUAAGAUUGAGUAGUAAAGAUUGUCCGAAUCUGGGGAAAGGAGAUAUUGUGACAUGCCACGAUUUGAAGACGUAUUUGCAUUUGGUUAACAAUUUUGUGGGCUCAAAUUGUCCGAUUAGAGCUACUGCAAAUCGGGUUCUGAUGAACAGGAAGAAUGUGGUUGAAGAAAAACAGCUCUUGUUUAGAUGAUGAUGAAGAACCAGUAAAUUAAUUAAGUAACUUACUGAUGAUGAUUAAUCUAAUUAGGGUGUAGAGUUUUAGGAAAUGUACAGUAGAACUACAUGCAUGGUAGCUAACCAUAUAUUGGAUAGGAAUAUUAAUAAGCCAUGCACUAUCAAAGAAUUUUGAGAGGAGGUGUUUUAUUUAGGUCAUCUCCCCAAGUUUGUCCAUGGAAGAGCUAAUGAAAAUUUUG